AUGGCUCCCUCCAGCUUCAUCCUGACUCUGUCGGGCCCCGAUCGCCCCGGUAUCGUCCACGCCGUGACGGCCUUCCUGGUCCAACACAACCUGAACAUUGUCGAUUCCUCCCAGUUUGGGGACUUGACUUCCAAGCGCUUCUUCAUGCGCGUGCAAUUCGUCCCCGCAGUCGCGACCGACGAGGUGCCUGAACUGGAGAAGCUUUGCGCGGCCUUUGAACCCACCGCUCAGUCCUUCUCGAUGGAGUUUGAGAUUCACCCCACCGCCCAGAAGCCUCGCGUGAUGAUUAUGGUCUCCAAGAUUGGCCACUGCCUGAACGACCUGCUCUUCCGCCAGUCCACCGGCCAGCUCAACAUUGAGGUCCCCCUCAUUGUUUCCAACCACCCCGACUUUGCCGCUCUGGCCGCCACCUACAACAUUCCCUUCCUUCACCUGCCCGUCACGGCCGACACCAAGGCCCAGCAGGAGACCCGGGUCCUGGAGCUUGUCCAGGAAUAUAAGAUCGAUCUGAUCGUCCUGGCCCGCUACAUGCAGGUCCUGUCGCCUAAGCUCUGCGAGGCUAUGUCCGGACGCAUCAUCAACAUCCACCACAGUUUCUUGCCCUCCUUCAAGGGAGCCAAGCCCUACCACCAGGCCUAUGACCGUGGUGUGAAGAUCAUCGGUGCCACCGCCCACUUUGUCACCAGUGACUUGGACGAGGGUCCCAUUAUCGAACAGAACGUGGUGCGCGUGAACCACAGCAUGAGCCCCAAGGAGCUCACCCACGCCGGUAGCAACGUCGAGAGCAACGUGCUUGCGACCGCCGUCAAAUAUGUGACGGAGCGCCGUGUGUUGCUGAACGGCCACAAGACCGUUGUGUUCAAUUAG